GAUUAAGGGAAUCUUUCAUGACAUCUGAAUGCUUUAUAAAGAGUGAAGACUGCGCUAGCUUUUCAUAGUUCGCUCUCGCGAUAACCUUUGUCGAACGUUUGAAAUUCUUAUAUCAACGGCAGUCAUGAAAUUUGGCGGAGUUCUUGUUCUCGUUUGUCUAACUAUUUUUGCAAAUGCAGGCAGAAAAUUUUGCAGGGAAGCAGAUCAGAAGCUAGAAGAUCUCGCCAACAAGAUUGAAGAGCUGGACUGUUCAGAUCUGGGUUCUACAGGUUCAAAACUGUUGCGUUUUAGCUUCUUUUUUCUAUACGCCCAGCCAUCUAGCUCUUUAAACCGCUCUUUAGAAAUAGUAUACGCCUUUAAUAUGUGCGUUUAAAAAAACCUUUACUGGUUUCUUUUUUGUAAUUUUGCUCAGGUUGUGAGCAAGGACCAAAGUCGUGCAAAGAAAUCUACGACAAAGACAAGUAAGUAGCAGAAAUUAUAUGUUAGAAUGAACAAUUUUCUCCCCUUGCUAACGUAACUGAUCAAGUUAUAACUAAGUUAAACCAUUUAAAACCAUGAGAGUUUCGACGUCGUUUUGUAGGCCAAGCGAAAACAAGGCAUACAUGCUCCAAAUGGAUUCUGGAGAGCUGCCUGUUUACUGUAACAUGGAUGGCGUUGGUCUUGGUGAAUGUGGGAGUGGUGGAUGGACGCUGGUUAUGAAGAUUGACGGGACAAAGGUACCUUUGAUUUAAAUGAUUCGAAACAUCGUGUCUUGAAUCAACUGAAAUUAAAACAUAUUUGUGUGCUGAUCUCAAAGUAGGAAAAAACAUGUCGCCAAAUUCAAAAUAGCAAUUCAUUCGACGCAGCGAUGAUGGAGAGACCGGUUGAAUAUGAUUUCAUCGUGUUUGGUGUUAGAUUCUUGAAAGAUUGACGCUUGAGACUCGCAGCUGUGUUAAUAUUUAUUUCAGAACGAUUUAUUUCCUUUCAUUGCGGCAGUUUUUAUAAGGAUUUAAGAUAGAGUAAAUUUCCUGACUGUCUAAAAUUAAAGAGAUAUAAAAGGCAGACACCAAUUUUGAUUGUUUUACCGAGUGAGAACACAAGUCUUUCGAUACAUCAUUCACAUAUUCUCACCAUUAAUUUUGGCUGUUUGCAUGACAUUUUGAAGCGAACGUUCCAUUACGACUCACCUCUCUGGACCAACAAAAAGGAGUACGGCAUUCCAGAAGGAGAAACUGGCUUGGACGAUAACGAGUCCAAGCUACCCACCUACUGGAAUACACCCUUCACCAAGAUCUGUCUCAUAAUGAAAAUAAAGGGAAAGCCCACGACCAGGUUCCUUGUUCUGAACGAGAAGGCGAGGUCGCUGUAUGCCCUCAUUGGGGAUGACAAGUACCGCAAAACCAAAGUGGGUCGUGGAGCGUGGAAGAAACUGAUUGGCCCUGAGGCUUCCCUACAGCUCUUCUGCUACAGAGAGGGAUUCAAUGUUGUUGGCGAUAACAAGAGUUUUUCGAAGGCAAGAAUUGGCUAUGUGGCCGAUCAAGAAAACGAUUGCCUUAGCUUCGAUUCCAGAAUUGGGUUCGGCACCGGGGGACACCAGGAUGAUUCCAACACAUGUGGCAAUGAGGCUACAAACUCUGCGGAUAACGGAGAUAAACACAUUAAGGCAAUGGGGUAUAUCUUGGUUCAGUGAAAAGAUCAUAGUCUCAACUGAACACAUUCCAAAUAAAAAAAUAGCUGAAGGGGAGGUAAACAUACCAAACUAAAAAGGUACAACGAACUUUGCAGGUCUACUGCAACGUUUCAAAUGUACGCAAACUUAAAUCAUGGAAAGUCUUCUCACUACUGUCAUAAAGAUUGAAAUAAACGAGGG